UUCGCCGUCAAAGCAGCAGUAAAGCAGGAUGAUGGUGACGAAGUUGUGUCUGAGAGCGCGCCCCCACUUCUUAUCUUCGCGCUCUCUCUCUCUCCCCCUUCCUAAGCCUUCGCUCCUCCUCGAUUCAGACCCUUCUCCGUCAAAAUGUCGGCCCAAAUCGUCGAACACAUUGUCCUCUUUAAGGUCAAACCCGAGACCGACCCAUCCAAGAUCGACUCCAUGGUCGCAGGCCUCGCCGGCCUCUCUACUCUCGACCCCGUCCUCCACCUGUCCGUCGGCCCCCUCCACCGGAACCGCUCGCCGGCGUUCUCCUUCACCCACAUGCUCCACAGCCGCUACAAGUCCAAGGACGAUCUCGACGCCUAUUCGGGUCACCCGGCACACGUCAGCGUCGUUACGGAACGGGUCCGCCCGAUCUGCGAGGAUGUCAUGGCCGUCGACUGGGUCUCCGACGGGUUGGCCGGGCCGGUGGCUCCUCGGGUCGGUUCGGCCAUGCGGGUCACGUUCCUGAAGCUAAAGGAGGGAUUGGGGGAAAAGGAGAGAGGAGAGGUUUUGAGCGUGAUUGGCGGAGUCAAAGACGGUUUUCCGGCGACUGAGCAGAUCAGCUAUGGGGAGAACUUCUCGCCGGCGAGGGCGAAGGGGUUUUCGAUUGGCUCGAUUGCGGUUCUGCCGGGAGUGAGUGAAUUGGAGGCGCUGGAUGCGGAUUCGGACCUGGCGGAAUCGAUGAAGAACAAGGUUAGGGAUUUGCUGGAGAGUGUCAUCGUUUUGGAUUACGUGAUUCCGCAGCAGCAAAGCGCAAGCCUUUGACUGGUUCAUAUAUAUCUGCCUAUCGCUCCAAUUUCUGCCAUGAAUUCACUGCGUGAAUUGCUUGCACGCCAACUGUUUGAUGCUUGUUCUGACAGGUUUUUGAACCUCUAUAUUUGAUGCUUUAAUUCUGUGGCUGGCUUCUGGAACUUUAUAUAUAUAUAUGAGCAUGGUUGCGCC